AUGGGUGUCAUGAGGGUGCUUGCGAAAAGACGCAGGGAAGAGGAUAAAUAUAGUACGAAGAAAGGAAGAAAUUUUCUGAAAAAGUCUGCAGUACCUUGUAUAGAUCCUAGGGGUAUUGAUGAAUCAAUGGAAUCAAUGAAUCAACAAGCAAUGGAUCCUAUAUCGAUACCAGUGAGCGACUCAGAAUCGAUUUUCGAUAGUCCUAGGAAAAUUAUCUUGAAACGAAAACUUCAAAACGUCACUAUAGUUAAGAAAAAAAUUACAAAAAAAAAUUAA